AUGCUUCUUAUCGGCCUCACGGGCGGGAUUGCGACCGGCAAGUCCACUGCCUCGCAGCACCUCACCAACUCCACCCCGCCUAUUCCCAUCAUCGAUGCCGACCUCAUCGCCCGCCAAGUCAUCACCCCACACCGCCCAGCGUACUAUUCCCUUGUCCGCCACUUCGGCCUACAGAUUAUAAACCCAGAAACACUAGAAAUCGAUCGUGCAAAGCUAGGCGCAAUUGUUUUCUCGGGUGAUGAUGUAGAUGGACGGCAGCGGAAGGUCUUGAAUGGAAUAACGCAUCCGGAUAUCAGGGCGGAGAUGUUGCACUGUGCGCUGAAGUGCUUUUUAAGGGGAGAGCGGAUGUGUGUGUUGGAUACACCAUUGCUGUUUGAGGCCGGGUUGUGGAAGGUGGUGAACGUAGUGAUGGUGGUCUAUUGCUCAGAACAAGCUCAACUCGCACGGCUCACAGCCCGGGACUCGCUCACGCCGACCGAUGCCAAAUCCCGCAUCGCCUCCCAAAUGCCUAUCGACGAGAAGCGCCAGCGUGCUGAUAUCCUGAUUGACAAUUCCUCCGCAACCCCGGAUGACAUGCGCGCCCAACUGGACGCCGCUGCAAAGGCGUUUGGGCAAGGUGGAGGGCAAGGAAGCUGA